CCAGAUAAUCAGGGAACAGAAUUCAUCAUUGGAUUUAUGGAGGCUGAUGAGGCUAUACACGGAAAAAAUUCAGACAGUCCAUUGAAACUUUUUAUUACGACUGCCUCUGAAUUUCCCGUGAACGUCAAUAUUUCUGCUCCAAUGGCAAACGCUAUCUACCAAGGUGACAGAUUUACAAUUAAAAAGGGGACUAUACAACAGGUAUUGAUUCCUAAGUCCCUAAGAUUACAGGGAACAGAGCGUGCAAAGAAAGCUAUUCAUAUUGUCUCGUCCGCUGAAAUUGUUGUUUUUGGACUAAAUCAAGCGAAAUAUUCUACAGAUGGAUUUCUUGGAAUACCUUUGGAUGUUUUGGGAACUAAAUAUUUUGUUCCUUCCUUUUUCGAAAAUGGCAGAGAUUUUUUCAAUUCUGCAAUUCUCAUUGUAGGAACACAAGACAGGACCAUAUUGAAUAUCAAACUGCCAAAUACAAAUAAUAUAAGGAUACACUUUGAAGGUAAAAGUUAUAGUCAUGGUGACUGGAUGAACUUGACCAUUAAUAAAUAUGAUACCUUACAGCUUCUUUGCCGCGCCGAUUUAACAGGUACGCUUGUUUUAUCCUCAAAAAAAGUAUCCGUUUUCGGAGGAUCUACCAUAACUUCUGUUGGUAUAGGAUCUACAAAGGAUCACAUCGAAGAACACAUACCACCUGUAAACGUCUGGGGGAAAAAGUUUGCGAUUAAUCCAAUUCCCGACACAAAUCCAAACAUUUUAAGAUUUUUGGCAAGUGAAGAUAAUACUAUGGUAAACAUUAAUAAUAAAGAAAUUCAGAUAAUGGCUGGAAAUUAUUCUGAAGCACAAGUGGAUCGCUUUUCUUUUGUAUCUGCAAACAAGCCAAUUUUAACUGUGCAGUAUGUUCCAAGUGGAACAUGUCCUAUAAAUGGUUUUAAACCAGGCUGCCACAAAGGAGACCCAUCUAUGACUCUAAUUUCCCCUACAGAACAAAAUAACCUAUUUUACUCGUUUUUAACACCAGUUUCAUCUAUGAAUUUAAACUAUAGUAACAUAUUUUUGUUCGUUAUUGAAGAUGGUUACGAGGAUGGAAUAUUUCUAGACAACAGUCCUAUUAAAAGAAGCGACUUCCACAAUGUGGUACACAAUCACAAUAUUACAGCCGGUUAUAUUCGAAUAUCACCUGGUAGUCACACCAUAGAACAUUCUUCAAAAAAGGUACCCUUUGGGGGAAUACUAUAUGGCGGUAUCGAGUUUGAAUCGUAUGCUUUCCCUGUUGGUCAAAGGUUUGCCACGAUAAAUGAGGAAGAUUGUCGCUCUAGCGUUAUGAGUCCUGGUGAUGGUCUGGAUAAUGAUUGCGAUGGACAAGUAGAUGAGGAAGUCUGUAAUGAUUUCAAAGAUAAUGAUAAGGAUGGAAAAACAGAUGAAGAUUGUUCCAUAGCACUGAGUACAACAGUAAAAACCACAUCAUCAACAACAAUUACAACUACAAAGGCAGCGAUUAAAUUCUCAACAAGUAAAUCUAUAUUUGUUUCGAAAGUUACAACGUCAAAUUCAACAACAUCAGCAUCUCCGACUAAAGCAAAAUUAUCUAAGACAAAUGAAACUACAACAUCAACCAGACCGGCACCAAAAUCAACCACAAGAAUAACAAAAACGUUAACAGAAACAACGUCACCACUGCCAAUAGUUAAAUCAAUAACAACAACAACAACAAGAACGACACCUUCAGCUAGGACAACUUCAAUUACAGUAUCGAAAAGAAGAAUGAUGACGCCAUCAAUGAAAACAGCGAGAGCAACAACGAGAAAAAUACCAGCAGUUACAACUAUGAGUUCAGUACAUCAAAACUCAGGCAUGGAUGAGGACCCUGAACGACCAGUCUGGCUCUCCUACACAGAGUAUGGAAUAAUUGGUUGUGUUUCUGUGGUUGUUAUUGGAGUCAUUGGUUUGUGCUGUAAGAGGUGUUUUGGUCUGCUUGCCAAACGCAGCGAUGACGACGAUGACGAUGAAGAAGAAAAACACCGACGAAAAAUGUACAACAAAGCUAGAAAGGCAAUCGGGCCUCCUGCUAUCAGACCAAUGUAUAUCGAACUUCAAAAGACAUGA